AUGGAUGCUACUGGUUCUCUGACAGAGGAUUACAAAAAUCUCUUACUUGAUGACGUCUUUCGUACUCAUGACAGGAGAAGAAAGGUGUAUAAUCAUCAAGAACGCGAGAAAAUCGAAGAAUUCAGGCAACAAUAUAUGGAGGCUGGGAGCAACCGUGGGAGAAAGGAGGUUGUAUGCUGCAUCCUUCCAGUCCUCUUCAACUAUUGGGUUGAGACUGGGAGUAGAGCUGUUUCCCAAACAGAGGAUUUCACCCAGCAGGAAGCAAAGAAAUUACUAAAAUGGAUAAGAAAUAAUUGGCGCUCAGCAAAGCCGACAGAAGCGGAACUCACCGGCCACCCGAAAAAAAGGACAACAAUUCUUUGGCGUACUAGAAAGGAGGAUGUCUACAAAGAGAUAGCCGCCAUAUUGGGUGUUGAUUCGGUCACUGCUGGCACUCCAGGAAUAUUUGAGAACCGAAUGAAAGCUAUGGGGAAUAUUCUUGCACGCAUGUCCGAUGCCGAACUCAAGCAACUUGAUCUCGACGGGAAAGCUUUAGAAACUGUUGAGUAUACGGAUGAGCAAAAGCGAGCUAAUGCCGACAAGCAUGCAUUUCGGAAAUUGGACGAGGCUUCAAAGCGGGAUUGGGCAGAAAUGGGUCUUAUGAAUAUCACAUUUGUCACUCGACUUACGGAGUCAGGACAACUAGCUGUCCGAGUUCAUGACCAAAUUGCAAAUAUUCUUGGAGUCUCGUCAACAUCAUUUGAGGACCAAAAGUCCGCCGAAGUUAAACAAAUGAAAAGGUUUAUUGGUGUUUAUGUACGCGGACUUCUGAAUGCCAGGGAUCGAGCAAAGGAUGGUGGAGGUGAUGGAGAUGGAUCCAUUUCAAUGCUUGACCAGGAUGAACACGGUUUUCCUAAGUUACCGCGGGAUUUUGAGCCCGACAAAUUGAAUAAACGACAACUUGAAACUCUUAUGGGUUUAUACUUCAGUCAACAUUACAGUCUUGCAACAAAUGGCCGAAGCAAACAUCCCCCUUACGAUUACAUUGAAAAAAAACAAUCGGCAUUUAUAUCUCCCAACUACUUACCUCGGGGACUAAAGCUGGCACCACCUCGAAACAUGAACAUGGAAGAUAUCCGUCUUUUGUUGACUCAUCUGCGCCAACGACAGGAAACAUUUCCACUUAGUCAGGUUUUCAGAUUUCACAAGGUUAAGAAACAUCGCAAAGGAGAAGAAAUGAUUUCAAGCCAGUAUCCCGAUGAAGAAAUUAGACUUGAAGAGCCGAAACGUCCUAUUCCCGCUGCCAAAAAAAGCCAUCGCAGAAAAAAGGUAUCAAAAUCAAAGUUGCCAAAACCGACUCGAGUCGAAAUUCAACCCACACGCAUAGAGGAAAUGCCAGGUGCAUCUAACCUCCUCUCGUUUGACAGAGAGCCAUCAACACAAGCUAGCAUUGACUAUGUGCCGAUUGACCCACAGCUUCUUGGACAUGGAGUCCACACAGAAAUUAUCAACUCAAACCCAACCAUCCCAGAUAUUCCUCCGAUUUUGGCUGGACUUCAAGACCAGAAUCAUACACAGAAUUCAAUUGCACCUCAAGAAAUGUCGGAAACCAGCCAGUUCAGUCUGGAAACUGUUCCAGCUCCGAACAUUGAUAUCAGCAACCCUGCUCUUUCUCACUUGCAGACAUUUAUAUAUCCCCCCCCCGAAUCAGCCGCAAUAAAUUAUACUAGUAGUGCCAUACCGCUAACCAACCUGCCCACUACUCAACCAACUACACCACAACCAGCUAAUUUGCCCACCGAACCAAACAAUGUGCCGAAGCCACGACCUAAACCCCGUCCCCGACGCAAGCCAGUUACCGCUGAGGAAAUUGCUCAGGCCGAAGAAAACCAGCGCUUAUUGGAAGAGGCACGAAGCAUAGAAAAGGAUCUUCUAGCAAAUGGCAGUGCCACUGUAAGAUCCCCUUCACGCACUGGAGAUCCACCCGUUGAAUCGGAACAACCCAAAGGAAACCGCAGAAAGAGGUCAGAAGUUGAAGAAUCACUCAUUAUCUCUGGUAAAAGGAUUCGUCGUGUGAGAGAAAGAACCAGUUAG